UGAAAUAUAGUUAAAUAAAUGAGUCUUCCCAGACUUGUGCCAGCUCGUACCCAUCUAGUAUCGAUCGAUAUGAGAAAAUAGUUCGGGCCAUUUAGUAGAAUGUAAGCUAAUAUGCGAAACACUCGCUUAUCUAAAUUCUCGCAUUGCAAUGAGUUCAUCAUCACUUAAUAUUGAGAGUAUUCGUUUUUUAAACACAUACAGGUUAGAGUCGCAGAAUCCGUUUAACGCCGAAAAGGUGUACAAAAUUUUAAAAGCCGUCCUCGAUGAAGCGAUGGAAAAUAUGACGUACGAUCCGGAGAAAUGUGCGAAUCAGGCCAAAUGGGCAUCUAAUCAAAUAAAAUCGGACGUGAAAAAACUGGAAUUUGACAGGUAUAAAAUAAUAAGCCUUGUAACAUUUGGAGAACGUCACGAUCAGGAUGUUAAUAUGUCAUGCAGCUUCCUAUGGGAUCACGAAAAAGACAAUUUUGCCAUGUACACCUCAGAAACUAAUACCGUUUUCGGAGUAGCCCUUUGUUUCGGAAUUUACUACGAAUAAACUUAACCGAAUGUUAUGUUUAAAUAAACAAUUUGAAAAAUGCUA